AGUCGGUUGCAUGAAGAUACUUUUAAUAGUCGUGCAGUUUGAUUGCUCCCCUGUCGGGAAAGCACCUGCAAUUUGCCUUACGCAAAAACAUCUACGAUUACGAUAAUGAAUUAAUAGCGGCGUACCAUGUUGUCACACUCGCUUAAAUAUUGUCAAGCGUCUGCUUUCUUUCCAAAGUGAGUGAAACUACUGGAUUGGUGUUGGAAGCGCUCAUGUCGUUACUUUGUGUAAGAGUGAAAAAAGCCAAGCUCCACGGACCUUCAGAUAAAUUCAACACUUACGUGACUCUGAAGGUGCAGAAUGUCAAAAGCACGACAAUCACCGUGCGAGGGGAUCAGCCAUCCUGGGAACAAGAUUUCAUGUUUGAGAUCAACCGGCUGGAUCUCGGUCUUAUUGUUGAGGUGUGGAACAAAGGCCUCAUCUGGGACACCAUGGUGGGGACUUCUUGGAUCCCCUUGAAGCGUGUUCAACAAUCGGAGGAGGUUAGAAAUGAGGGCCAAGGAGAAUGGCUUCUAUUGUAUUCAGAGGUCCUGAUGAAAGCAGAUGAGAUAUACGGCACCAAGAACCCGACCCCUCAUCAACUCUUAUUGGACACUCGCUUUGAGCUGCCUUUUGACAUCCCUGAAAAUGAAGCACAGUACUGGACAGACAAACUGGAACAAAUCAAUUCCACGGAAAUUCACGAUGAGUACACUCUUCCGGACGACAUUGAUGGUCAUCCGUUGCCCCCCACAGCUUCCCAGUGCUCUUUGGAUGACCAGGACAGUGCAGUCGAUGACCGGGAUAGCGACUACCGCAGCGAGACUAGUAACAGUUUGCCGCCACGUUACCAUACAACAACUCAGCCCAACUCCUCCGUGCACCAGUAUCCCAUCGGGCCUCGGCCACACCGCCACUUUGACUCAUGCACGGAUUCCCUGCACAGUUUCGAACUGUACUACCGAGACCAGAGAAGCAGUCCAGUGGAAAGUAGUCGAUUUGGGUCAUCAGGAAACCUGAGUCAGACCAGCUCUCAGCUGAGCGAGAUCGGUCACGAAAGCACCGGAGGGUCGGAAAUCGAAGAAUGCUUCCACUCCUAUCACAGCGCCGGCUUCUAUCCUUCUUCAAAUUUUGCAUCAAACGGACACUCCGCUGUCGCCGAGAAGGUUCAAUCUCAACCGGCCUUCGACGCAAGACGGAGCUUACAAAAUGAAACCCCAGCAGAGAAAGUUGUGUCUAAACUUCACAGGUUUCACGAUGAAGGGUCACCUUUACCAUUUUCUCCAUCCAGAGUUCGUUGGCUGAAAGCCAUCAAUAAAGUCAGGGUUCAGCUACGAGAGGUUUGUCAUGAUGAACCGAGUGUAAGACAGGCCUGGGUAAAACCAGGUGGUGGACCAGGGCUUUAUGGGAUCGAUAGUAUGCCAGACCUUCGUAAAAAGAAGAAAAAGAUCGCCUUGGUUAGCGAUGUGGCUAUGUCUCUUGUCCAAGCCCGUAAGGCAGGCAUCGCAUCAGCGUUGGCUGCGAGAUCUUCCAUCAAGGAUGAGGAGCUGAAAAACCACGUGUAUAAGAAGACCCUCCAAGCUCUGAUCUACCCAAUAUCAUGCACCACGCCUCAUAACUUUGAAGUGUGGACCGCCACAACACCCACAUAUUGUUAUGAAUGUGAGGGGCUGCUGUGGGGAAUCGCACGGCAGGGCGUUCGCUGCUCCGAGUGUGGCGUCAAGUGUCACGAAAAGUGUCAGGAACUUCUCAACGCUGACUGUUUACAACGUGCUGCCGAGAAGAGUUCUAAACACGGCGCUGAGGACCGGACACAAAACAUCAUCAUGGCAAUGAAGGACAGAAUGAAAAUCAGGGAAAGGAACAAACCGGAAAUUUUUGAACUGAUCAGGGAAGUUUUUAUCAUCCACAAAACCUCCCAUUCGCAACACAUGAAGGCAAUCAAACAGAACGUACUGGACGGGACGUCAAAGUGGUCUGCCAAGGUCACCAUCACAGUUGUUUGUGCACAAGGACUUCAGGCAAAGGAUAAGACGGGAUCCAGUGAUCCCUAUGUCACCGUGCAGGUGGGCAAGACAAAGAAGAGAACCAAAACUAUCUAUGGCAACCUCAAUCCAGUGUGGGAGGAGAAAUAUCACUUCGAAUGCCACAAUUCAUCAGACAGAAUCAAAGUGCGCGUGUGGGAUGAGGACGAUGACAUCAAGUCAAGAGUCAAGCAGCGUCUUAAGAGAGAAUCUGACGAUUUCCUCGGCCAGAGUAUUAUUGAAGUCCGAACACUGAGUGGAGAAAUGGACGUCUGGUACAAUCUAGAAAAGAGGACGGACAAGUCAGCCGUGUCCGGGGCCAUCCGCCUCCAAAUCAACGUGGAAAUUAAGGGGGAGGAGAAGGUGGCUCCAUACCAUGUGCAGUAUACCUGUUUGCAUGAGAACCUGUUCCACCACUCUACAGAUAUCCACGGACGCGGUGCGGUGAAAAUCCCCGAGGCCCGUGGAGACGACGCAUGGAAAGUUUAUUUCGACGACGUGGCGCAAGAUAUCGUGGACGAGUUUGCCAUGCGUUACGGAAUCGAGUCAAUCUACCAGGCCAUGACGCACUUUGCUUGCCUGUCUUCUAAAUACAUGUGUCCCGGGGUUCCUGCGGUGAUGAGCACGCUGCUCGCCAAUAUAAAUGCCUUCUACGCCCACACAACCGCCUCCACCAAUGUGUCCGCCUCCGACCGUUUUGCGGCCUCCAAUUUUGGGAAAGAACGUUUUAUUAAGCUCCUUGACCAGUUGCACAAUUCCUUACGAAUAGACCUCUCUACCUACAGGAACCAUUUCCCUGCCAGCAACAAGGAUCGCCUCCAGGAUUUAAAAUCCACUGUGGAUCUUUUAACCAGUAUCACAUUCUUCAGAAUGAAGGUCCAGGAAUUACAGUCUCCACCCAGAGCCAGCCAAGUCGUCCGAGACUGUGUCAAGGCCUGUCUCAACUCCACCUACGACUACAUCUUCAAUAACUGCCACGAUCUUUACAGCCAACAGUACCAGCUGGUGGAAAUGAACAAGGAAGAGCUCUCUUUGGAAGAUCAAGGUCCGAGUAUCAAGAACUUGGACUUUUGGCCUAAACUCAUUAUGCUCAUUGUCUCCAUUAUUGAAGAGGACAGGAACUCCUACACGCCAGUGCUGAACCAGUUUCCGCAAGAAUUGAAUGUAGGGAAGGUGUCAGCGGAGGUCAUGUGGACUUUGUUUGCACAAGACAUAAAGUACGCUAUGGAAGAACAUGAAAAACACAGACUGUGUAAAAGUACAGACUACAUGAAUCUGCAUUUCAAAGUGAAAUGGCUCUAUAACGAAUAUGUCAAGGAGCUUCCCAGCUUCAAGGAUGUCGUUCCAGACUACCCAUCAUGGUUCUUGCAAUUUGUGCUGCAGUGGUUGGAUGAAAAUGAGGAUGUGUCUAUGGAAUUUAUGCACGGAGCUUUAGAGAGAGAUAAAAAGGAUGGGUUCCAGCAAACAUCAGAGCACGCUCUCUUCUCCUGCUCGGUGGUGGACAUCUUUACUCAACUCAACCAAAGCUUCGAGAUCAUCAAGAAACUGGAAUGCCCUGAUCCCAAUGUCAUGGGGCAAUACAGUCGCCGCUUCUCCAAGACUAUUGCCAAAGUUCUUUUGCAGUACAGUGCCAUUCUUAACAAGAGUUUUCCUUCCUACAUCGACAAGGAGAAGAUUCCCUGCGUCCUGAUGAAUAAUGUGCAACAAUUGCGAAUCCUAUUGGAGAAGAUGUUUGAGUGCAUGGGUGCCACACAGUGCAACAAUAGAAUACCAGCAUGUCAGUUUGAGGAGAGUGAGGAGGAGGAAGAAGAAGGUGACAAAAUUCAGGUUGAGACUGAUGGGGAGAAGCGGGAUACUCCAGUCGAGAAGAUGGACACCGAGGCAAGUGAUCUGCUCAACAACCUGCAGGUGAAGCUGAACAGCGUGCUGGAUGAGCUCAGCAGUACAUUUGGGAACAGUUUCCAGAGCCGCAUCAACGACUGCAUGCGUCAGAUGGCGUCUCUGCUGUACCAGAUAAAAGGGCCACUCAACGCAAACACCAAAAGCCAGGUGGAGGCCGACUCUGAUAACAUGCUACGGCCUCUUAUGGAUUUCCUGGAUGGGAAGUUGAUGCUGUUUGCGACCAUUUGUGAGAAGACCGUUUUGAAGCGUGUGCUCAAGGAGCUGUGGAGGAUUGUGAUGGUCAACCUGGAGAAAACGAUUGUUCUGCCUCAGGGCACUGACACCUUUGGUGCGCAGAUACUCUCGGCCGCAAAGGAGCUCGGUCAACUUUCCAAACUCAAAGAUCAUAUGGCGGGCGAGGCAAAGAGUCUAUCUCCACGGCAGUGUGCCGUUAUGGAUGUUGCACUGGACACCAUUAAGCAAUAUUUCCAUGCGGGAGGAAAUGGUCUGAAGAAGGCCUUCCUGGAGAAGAGUGCUGAGCUGUCGUCACUCCGCCACACCUUGUCCCUCUACACUCAAACCACUGACACGCUCAUCAAGACCUUUGUGACCAGUCAACAGGCACAAGUGCACAAUGGAAAGGGUAUUAGGUUAACUCCCAAUGAAAGAAUACAGCCCAGCAGGGGAUCAGGCGUGUCCAACCCUAUCGGCGAGGUGUCCGUCCAGGUUGAGCUCCACACUCAUCCCAAAAGCGGAGAACGCAAGGUUUCCGCCAAAGUUGUGGCAGCCACUGAUUUGAAAUGGCAGACCCCUGGAAUGUUCCGACCCUUUGUGGAGCUCACCAUGAUCGGACCUCACCUCAGUGACAAGAAACGUAAAUUCCAGACCAAAUCCAAGAACAACAGCUGGUCUCCGAAGUUCAACGAGACAUUCCACUUCGUUCUGGGAAACCAGGAUGGUUUCGAAUGCUACGAGCUGCAAGUGUGCGUCAAGGAUUACUGCUUCGGUCGAGCCGACCGGGUGGUGGGCUUGUCUGUGAUCCAGCUGAGGGACAUCAUGGAGAAGGGCAACUGCGCCUGCUGGUGCCCACUUGCUUCAUGCAUCCACAUGGACGACACGGGCCUCACCGCCAUGCGGAUCUUGUCGCAGCGCACCAAUGACGAUGUGGCGAAGGAAUUUGUGAGGCUUAAAUCGGAAACGAGAUCGGCCGAAGAGGGCAGAUGAGGAAUUCCCCCUCGGUAGACAUUUCUUAACGUAAUUGACUAUUUGGUGGCACCUGACCAAGGUCGCUCACAGUCCCACUUUGUGUCCAUCAACCUCACAAAUUUUACUUGGCUCUUAACCCGCCUUUUUUAUUUUUUAUUUUUUAAACCUCCGACAUUGCAAAUGUCGUCAAUAAGUUUGAUGCCUUACACUCCCAAAUCCAAACUGUGAAAGUGUCAAAUGAAGUCAGCUCAAGGUGCACACCUGCGCUUUCCGAGUCGUGUAAAGACGACAAUCAAUUUCAUCUCACACAGUGUCAAAGGCGAUCGAAUUUUGGAAGCAGAGCUCAUUCAGUCGUCUUUUAACACUUGAAUAUGUGCCUCCAAAUGGCUUCUUUUUAGGCCACAAUGUGAAAGACCCCCCCCCCCCCGCUUCCUUCGGGACACACUUUAGUAAUCGAAGUGUAUAAAAUGAAAACUCCCAACUCCUCAAGCACAGUCAUGGUAGGAAAGACAUUUUAUUUAUUUAUUUUUUAAACUAUUAUUUAUUUUUUGUGCCCAUGGUGUACAAUUUUUUGCUGCUGCAGUGUUGUUACUCAGCAGCACGUCUGAGUUGAUUUUAAAGUGUUUACUUACCGAUGGUUUACAUGUUAGAAGGGUGAUAAAUAAGUUAGAGCAAAUGUCGAUGCUUCCGUACAGCAAAUGUCUUUCACUUUCACAGUCCAUCGUUUUCAGAAAUUAAAAACCAUUGGAUAGCUUCCAGGUUUCCAAAAAUGUGAAGAGGAAUCUGUCACCCAACCUGGUUUGUUGUUUGCUUCUGCUCGUGCUUUUUUUAUUUUUCACUUGCCUUACUGCGAUUGAACAUUUUUGUUUCUAUUUUGAACCCUUAUGAAAUCCUGCUCUUAUUUUUGCCUACCUACUGUAAGGUUUUCUACUUUCCCUUCCUGUAUUCCAAUAAGUGAUCUCCUUUUUUUCUACUUUUAUCAUUUCUACAAAUGCUAAAUAUUGAUCUUUUUCUGUCCCUUAAACGUAUUAUGUAUGUAUGUGUUUGUGUGUAUGCGUAAUGUGACUGUAAGAUACGUUUUGAAUUCGAUGCUAACAUGAAUUCAUGUGCCAUCAAAGUGUUUUAUAACUGAUGGAGAAAUAACGAGUAAUGACGGUUGUAUUUAUUAAUUUUUUUUCCAAUAUGAACACCUCAGUGUUGGAGCGAUCCUGUUUUUAACACAUAAUAUCCUGGAGAAAGAAACUAGAUUAAAUAUUUUCUGUAAUAUACUAUA